AUGGGGGAUGACAUACCGAGAAACUACUUCAGCAGGAGGGACUCCGAGGCAAGGGAUGUCACCGCCAACGAAUUAGCCACACACCAAUUCAACCGAAGCGAAAGAAUGCACAGUGAUCAUUACGACGGCAGGUCGGCCAUCCGAUUUAGCGCAAACCUGACCAGCUACAGCGACUUAGAGAGACACUCCAUGAUGAGCGAAAGGAGAAGCAGAAGGAGAAACAGAAGCAGAGCCAGAGGCAGAAGAGGACUCUUUGAGGAUUACCACAAUGUUAGCAGGACCAGGAGAAAACUGGCCCAUGUGGAAGGCACGUUGGGAGCGGCCACAAAUGCAACCACAGCAACCACCACCACAACUGCCACCACCACCGCGACCAGUGAUCCCUUUAACGGUUCUAACUCGAAAGAAAAAAUGAACACGUCGGAAUGUGCCCACUUUAGUGCACCCACACAAGGGCAACCCAAAACAAACAACCCAAAUGACACGACCCACACGGCCACUACCACAAACCACCAAAUGAAAUCAACCCCCAAAGGAACCAAUGCAAAAAGAAACAAUCACGACCUAAACAAGUUACUGCAUCUAAUCCGGAGUAGUAAAUACAUGCAAGCGGACAGAGACCAAGUCAAACAAAUUAACAACCUAGUUAGUGAACUGGCUCCUAACUGUUUUAAUACCGAGAGGGGUGUUCAUCAACACACCAUCACUCCUCAUGAUUCACAGUUGUUCAUGUUGAAUGAGGGGGAGGAGUCCACCCAGGAUGAUAAUGUACAAAGAAGAAGAAACAACAACAGUAGUAGAAGAAAAGAUGCGAACUACUAUUUCAGGCCAAUUAAAAAUAACGUAUAUGGUGGUGGCAGGGUGAUGAUGAUAGAGAGGACUGGAAGUGACUUUCACGACGGAUCUCCACACACUGGAAUGAGGGAAAAGAAGGGGCCUGCCAGGAGAGUAUUUGAUCAACACGGAGGAGGGGCUGACAACCUGAACUGCUUCACGGAGGACGGCUCCGAUACCCAAAGAGGAACAUCAGUCGCACGUGGGGUAGCACCACCGGAAAACCUAAAUCAAACUAAAGACCCACACAUAAGCAGACAAAAAAAUAUGACUCGCUACGCCGGCGACUGGGGCAACUCCAGCAGCGCGAACGCGGCGAAGAACACGGCACAGGCUGCACAGGCUGCCAACCAUGCAAACCACGCCAACUCCCCCAGUGAGGAAAGGCCCCACAGUGUAUACGACACGGACCUGAGCAAUAGCCUCAUGGGCACGCAGGCCACAUACAGCAUCAUCAAAUAUAAUUUAACGAAGAACAAUCUAAUCAACAACGUCCUCAGUGACAUGAAAUCAAAUCUCUCUCAACAUAAUCUGAUGAAGACCUCGAGUAGCUGCGCCUACCCCCGUGCGAUGGAGGACACGCAGGACGACGUCUCCUUUUAUCACUCCAAGAAGAGGCGGAAGUUGUAG